GGUUGACGUCACCGCCCGGGUCACGUGCUCGCACUGUCCGCCGGUUCCUUUUUUUUAAAUAAAGUUCGUCGACGCGACGCGUGCGCAGUGCGGUGAACAGGAGCAGGCGGAGGCCGCGGACGCACGUAGAGCUAUGCCCAAGAAUAAAGGUAAGGGAGGUAAGAACAGGCGACGUGGUAAGAAUGAAAAUGAGUCUGAGAAACGUGAGCUGGUGUUCAAAGAAGAUGGUCAGGAAUAUGCCCAGGUGAUUAAGAUGCUGGGUAAUGGACGUUUGGAAGCCAUGUGUUUUGAUGGUGUGAAGAGGCUUUGCCAUAUUCGAGGGAAGCUGAGAAAGAAGGUUUGGAUAAACACGUCGGACAUUAUAUUGGUUGGGUUGAGAGAUUACCAGGAUAAUAAAGCUGAUGUCAUCCUGAAAUAUAAUGCGGAUGAGGCAAGAAGUUUAAAAGCCUAUGGUGAACUUCCAGAGCAUGCCAAAAUCAAUGAAACAGACACCUUUGGACCUGGUGAUGAUGAUGAAAUCCAGUUUGACGAUAUUGGGGACGAUGAUGAGGACAUUGAUGAUAUCUAAAGUGGGAUUCCAACCUUGUACCAAGCUUCCUUUUGAAUUGAAUUCUUUUUUGUGGAUGAGUUGAUUUAUGCCUAAUGUAUCUAAGAAACCCAUUCUGUAACUUUUUUUGUUUUAAAAAUCUUUUAGUGUAUUUAUAUUCUUUGUCACAAGAGAAUAAAAAGGCUUUAGUGUGAGGAUGAGUUUGGUAAAAAAGUGCAACUUUGCAAUAAAAUGUUAAACCUGA